AUGGCUACCCCUAGUGUCCUAGCUUUUGACGCUGAGGGUCGCGCCAUUGAUUUUGAGGUCUGGUUAGACGACCUGCAGCUGUUCUUACAGUGCGACAGGGCUGACGACCUUUCUCUCUUUGACCUCACCUCUGGCGCCUCUCCUGCUCCUGCUGCUGAUGCUGAUCCCACUGUCCGCUCUAAGUGGGCCACCCGCGAUGCUGCUGCACGUCUUGCUGUGCGUCGCCACCUCCCUACCUCUGAGCGUGCGCACUUUAGUCAGUACAAGAGUGCUCAGACCUUGUACGACGCUGUAGUUGCGCGCUACUCCUCCCCUGCCACUGCUGCACUGAGCCGUCUCAUGCUUCCCUACCUCUUUCCUGACCUCUCUGCCUUUCCCACUGUCGCUGACCUCAUUACGCACCUCCGCACUAGUGACACUCGCUACCGCGCCGCCCUUCCUGCUGAGUUCUGCGCUAAGAACCCCCCCCCCAUGUACAUCGCUCUCUACUACGUAGUCGCGCGCCUCCCUGACUCCCUUCGCGUCGUCAGGGACCACUUUCUCGCAGUCUGUCCCACCACCCUCACCGUCGACCUCCUCGAGAAGGCCCUCCUCACAGCGGAGAAGAGCAUAGUCGCUGUAGGUGCUUCUCGUGGUGACCCUCGCACCCCCAUCUUUGAGGGGUGCUCUCCUUCCCCCUUGCUGCCCUCUGUUGCCUCUGCUGCUGCUGCCGACCUGCUUGGUCUUGAGUCGGUCGGCGCGGCGUCUGCCCCUAGUGGGAGACGUCGCUCCAGCAAGGGCAAGGGGGGCAAGGGCGCGGGUGGAGCUGGAGGGGGCGGUGGCGGUGGCGGCGGUGGCGGCGGAGGGAGUGGGGGUGGCGGCGGGACUAGUGGCGGGGGUGGUGGUGGUGGUGGCAGCAGUGGCGGAGACGGUGGUGGUGGUGCCAGCGGUGGUGGUGGAGGCAGCGGCGGUGGUGGAGGCGGCGGAGGUGGAGGCGGUGGAGGCGGCAGCGGAGGAGGCGGUGGUGGUGGAGGAGGUGGAGCUGGUCGAGGUGGUACCCAGCAGCGUAGCGGCGGUGGUGGUGGCCAGCGCUCGCAGCGGCAGCAGCAGCAGCGCUCGCGGGACAUCCCUCCGCCUCAGCAGCUUCGUGAGUGGUACGCUGGGCGUCAGAGGGGUGGGGGUACUGGUCCCUGCACCUACGUUCUUCGUUCCGGCGACCGCGCGGGUGAGCAGUGUGGGGGUGCCCACGCCACCCAGCGCUGCUUUGGCCGCCUGACGGACGCUUGGCGUCAGCAGUUCCCUGGGGCUAGUGAGAUCCCUCGCUGGGAUGAGCUUCUCAGGGCUGGUGUAGCGAUCUUUGAUCUUGAUUUUGAUGCUAUCCUUGCUGCUAUGUAUGUUGUGGAUUAUAGUGAGGAGAAUGAGGGUUACCGUUGUUUCCAGCCCGACCCGGGCAUUGGUACUGCUGCGCUAGGUGCUUGUGAGGCUGCUGCUCUAGGUGCCAGUGCGUCUGUGCUCUCAGGUACUGGUGAGACUGCGCUCUCAGGUACUACGUCGUCCUCGUCCUCCCUCACUUUCACACUUGACUCCGGAGCUUCUCGCUCCUUCUUUCGAGACCGCACUACCCUUACGCCGCUCGGCCGGCCGGUUGCGGUCUCCCUUGCUGACCCCUCUGGGGGUCCUGUCCUGUCUCACUUCUCCACUGUCCUCCCGUGUCCGGCUGCCCCUUCGGGCACCCUGUCGGGUCUGUACCUUCCCUCGUUCUCUACGAACUUGGUGAGUGGAGCGGACCUGCAGGAUGUGGGGGUUCACCAGUUCAUUCCUGCGAGGCAGCGGGUGACCCACUGCACGGAGGCACGCACAGGCCGACACCUGGCCACGUUCUCGCGUCGGCCGGGGUCGAGUCUCUACACCCUGACCGUUGAGUCUCCUCCUGUCCCUGCGUCUGGUCAGGUGGCUGCGUCGGGUCAGGUGCUUGCUGCUGCGUCCCGGUCAGGUCCUGAGUCUGCCCCCUGUUCUUGUCGCCUCCUGUCUCACGAGACUCUCCUGUGGCACCACCGUCUUGGCCACCCCUCCUUGCCCCGUCUUCGGAGCAUGGCUUCCCGUGUCCUUGUCUCUGGUCUUCCCCAGUCUCUCCCUCCUCUCCCCUCCGGGCCAGGACCUUCCUGUGUCCCCUGUGUCGAGGGUCGCCUCCGGGCUACUCCUCACUCCUCCCACUUCCCCCCGACAGAGGCUCCCCUGCAGACGCUUCACAUGGAUGUGUGGGGCCCAGCCCCCGUCCGUGGGCAGGGUUACGAGCGCUACUUCCUGUUGGUGGUUGACGACUACUCGCGUUACACCACAGUCCUCCCCUUGCGCAGCAAGGGUGCGGUCACUGAGGUGCUGAUCGACUGGAUCCGCGAGGCUCGUCUCCAGCUCAGGAAGAGCUUCGGCUCGGACUUUCCUGUUCUGCGUCUGCACUCUGACAGAGGCGGAGAGUUCUCUUCUCGCCUUCUGCGGGACUACUGUCGUGCACAGGGGAUCCGCCAGACCUUCACGCUUCCGGACUCACCACAGCAAAAUGGGAUUGCUGAGCGCCGCAUUGGCAUGGUCAUGGAUGUCGCUCGUACGUCCAUGAUGCAUGCGGCUGCCCCCCAUUUUCUGUGGCCGUUUGCGGUGAGGUACGCGGCGCAUCAGCUCAACCUUCACCCCCGGGUCUCUCGGCCUGCGAUGUCCCCAGCCUUGCUGUGGACGGGGAAGGUUGGCGAUGCGUCUGUGUUCCGUGUCUGGGGAUCUCGGGCGUUUGUCCGCGACUUGUCUGCGGACAAGCUGUCCCCUCGUGCUGCUCCCUGUGUCUUCCUUGGCUUCCCCACUGACGCCCCAGGGUGGCAGUUUUACCACCCCUCCUCUCGUCGUGUUCUGUCCUCCCAGGACGUCACGUUCGACGAGUCCGUCCCCUUCUACCGUCUCUUCCCCUACCACACUCCUUCCCUCCCCCCUCCCCCGGACUUCCUUGUGCCGGUUCCCCCCCCGGUAGACCCCCUCCCCCCUCAGGUUCCUGCCCCCUCAGGUGUGUCCCAGGUAGACGCCGUUGACCCGGUCGAGGUUACUGGUGACUCUGGUGCUGCUGCGGGUGCUGAGCCUGGGGGUGCUGACUCUGGGGGUGCUGUGCGCGAGGGUGCUGAGCCUGGGGGUGCUACUGCUGGGGGUGCUGGGCCUGAGGGUGCUACUGCGGAGGGUGCGGAGCCUGGGGGUGCUGAGCCGGGGGGUGCUGUGCCUGGAGGUGCUGGGUCUGGGGGUGCUGGGUCGGGAGCUGCUGAGCCUGGGGGUGCUGAGCUGGGAGCUGCUGAGCCUGGGGGUGCUGCGUCUGGAGCUGCUGAGCCUGGGGUUUCUCCUGCUGCUGCGUCUCGCCGGGAGCCCCUCUCUCCACAGGAGCUGCGCGAGUGGUUCGCUCGCCGCUGGAGGCGUGCUGCUGAGUCUGGAGGUGCUGCUGGAGCUGGAGCUGGAGCUUCUUCGACCGUCGAGGGUGCGGGUGCUGCCGGUCCCGGGGCUGCUGGACCUGCGGGUCCUUCUGGAGCUGGAGCUGCUGAGGGCGUUGGUGCUGAGCCUACUGCUGUUGGUCCUGCCGCUGGAGGUGUGGGUGGCGCUGGUGCUGUCGCUGAGGGUGCUGGUGCUGUCCCUGCUGAGUCUGGAGCUGCCGCGCGGCCUCGGCCGUACUUCGUUCCGCUCCUGCAGCAGGUUCUUGGUCUUUCUCCUCCAGUAGAGGGUCCACCGCCUGUCCAGUCGCAGUCCCCGCUGGAGCCUUCCUCUCCACUGCCUGCUCCCUCUCCUUACACUGGUCCUACUGGAGGUCUUGCUGAGCGUCGUGAGCCUGCGUCUCGUCCCGCGUCGCCUGUUCGUGCUGCUCACGCUAGUGGUCGCAGUUCGCGUCAGCGUCCUCCUCCUGUCCCUGGCACGCACCGGAUGUCUUUGCGUCCGUCCACUGCUCCUCUACGUGCCCCUUUGCCUUCUCCUCCUGAGUCCUCUCUUCCUGCGCUUGCCGACCCUGAGUCGGACUCUCUUCGCGCUGCCAGUCCUACUGUCACGCGUCUGCUUGCUACUGUCGUCACUGACCCCUCUUUUGAGUCCACUGCUGCGUCUGCUCUAGUCGCUGAGCUCGUCGACUUUGCUGCUCGCUGUCGUCUCGACUACGCUGCUAGUCUUGUUGCUGAGUCUGCGUCUGUCUGUCCUCCGUCCGUCGGGGGUGAGUGUGCUCUUGGCACGGACGUCCUAGAGGACAGGCAGGAGGAGUUACAGUGUCUAGCGGCUGCAUCACCUCAUCUCGCGUCUGUACUGCUUGCCCUUGAGGGAGACCCGGAUGCACUUGACAUCCCGACUCCGCGUUCUUACGCGGAGGCCGUAGAGGGUCCCUACUCCUCUCAGUGGCAGGCAGCUAUGGAUGCAGAGAUGGCUUCCUGGAAGUCCACAGGCACCUACGUUGACGCGGUUCCCCCUCCUGGGGCGAACAUCGUCAGUGGCAUGUGGAUCUUCAGGGUGAAGCGGCCGCCGGGCUCUCCACCUGUCUUCAAGGCACGAGUAUUAUGA